AUGAUUAAUAGCAUGCCCACGCCCCGCGUGUUGCCUUCUCCAUCAUUAUCGACAGCCAACCUCCCGUACAACCGUAAUCCCAACGAUUUCCAGAUCGAGAGGAGCCCCAGACCCGUGGCAGCGUCGAAGCGAACCUCGGUGUAUGGUGGCAAUCCUUUCCUCGAAAGCGAUUACCUAUUCAGGGAAACGGUGUCGAAAUUCCUUGUAGUGAAGGAUCGGCCAACGACGGUGUCAGGCCGUAUACCGCUCGAUCCAUCGCAUCUUGUGCUGUUCUUCCGGUCGAAGAGCGGCAUCACGCACUCGCUCGACUUCCCGAUCGAUGUGGACUACAACACCCCGCCUGCGCUCGAUGUGCUGAUCGCUGCGUGCAGACCGCAUCCUUCAUCAAAUGUGGACGGCCUCGAUCGCGAAUCGCUGUACUAUCCGUCCAAUCUCCCCCUCACGACCUCCCUCGAAAUCGCGAACCACCCCAUCCUCGAGGCGAUCCGCAACACGCUGUUCCCCGCCCUGCCGACGGGGCAUUACCUCACCGUCUCGCGCGAUCAGCUGGAGGUCGUCGCGGUCGGCGGGCGCAUGGAUCCGCAGCCGCAGGAGCUGAGGAACGAUGGAAGGUCGGCGACGAUCAUUGUGACGCUCCCGGUGCGGUUUCGCGGGGGCGCGUUGGUUGUGCAUGAUCCCGAAGGCGGGUCGGAGAAGUAUGAUGGGCGUGGAGGCAAGAGCGGGGACAUUGAAUGGACUGCCUUCGUCGCGGACUGUGAUUACGAGGUGGAGACGGUCACGAAGGGGUGCCGCAUAACACUGAGCUACGGAGUGUAUCUCAAGACCUUCGGCCCGUCUGGGCUGAAUCCCGAUCCUCUGAUCAAUCCAAGCGACAAUUUCCUCGAUCUCCUGUCGCCUAUCUUCAACCUUGCCCGCGGACGCAAGAUCGCGUUUUACAUCAUGAAUGACUAUGAAGUCAACCCUUCGGAAGUCCUGGCUGAGGCUUUGGUACCAGAGUUGAAAGGCGGGGAUUCGGUGCUUUAUCAUGCGAUGAAGUAUUACAGUUUGGUGCCGGAGCUGCACUGGACCGCGGGAGGGUAUAUAUGGCCCAUCGACAAGACCGUCGAGCUUUCGAAUGAGGAUAUCUCCUUGAACACGUCCGCGCACGGAAGGAAAGCCAUGGGCGUGGUGAAUGGCGGCCACAGGAAUAGCCCUGCCAUGCGUGGCGCUUUCAGCAUGUACGGAGACCAAGACACCGACGGCGGCGAGACGCUGAGGAUGCGGGUCGAGGAUAGCGGCGGAAUUCCUUUGGCGGAUGCGGAUAUCGUCGUCUGCACGAAUUGGGAUCCUAACGCGCCUCCGGCGAUUGGCAAGGCUCGGGUGCCGUUUGUCUCUGGUGGCGAACUUGAGAGGCUGGUUGUUAACGUCUUAAUGGUCGUGUAUGUAGCUUGA